AUGUACAAGGAAAUGAAGAGGAAGAAAAGGCAUGUUGUGGCUUUGGAUGUCCUUGAGAUUUGGUUCAUUUGGGAAGGAAGAAAAGAGAGUGGAGAUGGUGUCAAAGACUUCAAAGUGUUGCACAUGGCAAGGUUGGCAAAACCGAGAAGUGCUUCGUGUCAACAAACUAGCUUCUGCCUCAUCCUGCAAAACUUGCUUGUUCUUCUCAUCUUCCUCCCUCAGUAUCUCAACCCAUCUUUUAGCCAUGUAAGCCUUAAUAGCUUCAACCCCUUGAGCCACGAUCUCCUUUGGAGGCACCACGAGAGGAUUCUGAUCGACAUUGAGUUUGGUCAAACUCGAGAGCUGACCAAAAGUGUCGGGCAGAGCGUGAAUCUGAUUGUUGCUCAGGUCAAGUUCUUUGAGGUUUGUGAGGUCGGUUAUUUUGUCCGGAAGCUUAGUCAGUUGCUGCUGAGGUUGAGAAUCUCUAGAUUGUUCAGUUUCCCUAUCGAGUUCGGGAGGCCGUGGAGCUCAUUAAAACGAGCGUCCAAAAGGCGUAAAGAUUUCAUUUCGCCAAUCGAUGUGGGCAGUGAGCGGAUCUUGUUAAGGCUGAUAGAUAGCCGUUUGAGGUUUUUCAUUUCGAACCCAAUGUUUGUUGGA